AUGGACGAAGAGUUUGUGACCGAGGAAGAGGAGCCGUGGUACGAUCAGCAGGACUUGGAGCAGGGUAAGCCCGGACGAGCGCACCCAUCCUCCGCCUCUGUGCGCACACAGCAUCCGUACAGUGAGCCGGCCGGGCUUUCACGGAUUCAGUCUACCAUUUUCCUUCUGCAGGAUGUCUUGACUGAUUUGUCAGCUGAAUGUGAGAAUCUGCCACUAGAGGGAGUCUACGGAGCCUGCUAUGCUCAUAAGGGAAUAUGCCAGGCAGCUGGUUAUAUCUACAAGAAGCUUAUCAAUGAUGGCAUCCUCAACCAGGCCUUCUCUAUUGCUCCUGAAUAUAAACUGGUCAUCACUGGGCACAGUCUGGGUGCAGGCGCAGCUGCUCUGUUAGCUGUCAUGCUGAAAAAUUCCUUCCCCACGUUGAAGUGUUAUGCCUUCUCGCCACCAGGGGGACUAGUGAGUAAGGCUUUGGCCGAUUAUACCAAGGACUUUGUAAUAUCUGUUGUUUUGGGGAAGGAUCUCGUUCCCAGACUAAGUCUUCCAAACAUGGAGGAUUUGAAGAGGAGGAUUCUCAAAAUAGUGUCAAAUUGCAACAAACCAAAGUACCGUAUCCUGCUGCAGGGCUGUUGGUACGAGAUGUUUGGGGGCGACCCAGAUGACUUCCCCACAGAGAUGGACAACAGGCGGGAGGAGGAGCUGAGCCAACCGCUCCUGGGGGAGGAGUCGCUCAUCAUCCGUAACUCCUCAUCCUAUCAGAGCCUGGCGUCUGACGACUCUCCCGCUCACGCAACCACGCACUUACCGCUCUUCUUACCUGGGCGCGUCCUGCACAUCACUGAAGACGGACCCACGCGGAGGUCGUGUUUCUCUCGGGUGCGUUACCGUGCCGACUGGUCCAAUGAGAUGGCUUUCCGCAGCGUCCUGAUCAGCCCACGGAUGCUCACUGACCACAUGCCCGACGUGGUGCUGCGGGCGCUCCAUAGCCUCACCACGGAGCGGCCAUAUUCACUGUGUCCCUCCGCCUCGGCAUACAACCAGCACAACCCCAUCUGAGGAACCACUCGGAGAACUCCCAUAGUCUUCAUGAAUCAGACAUUGAAAACUAAAUGUGUGAAUGUGUGAAAGGAAACACAAGUCCAGGUAUGUUUUGAUGAGGAAACCACACUAUGACACGGUGGCUAACGGCUGAAAUGUCAGUUUAGCGGAAUAUAGGACUUAAUCUAACUCCUGUAAGCCGUGGAACAUGCUCUGGAAUUUUAAGUCUUUAGUUUCAUUACGGGCUAUUAUUCUUUUGAUUGUAAGCAGGGAUUGAGAUUUACCAGAUGGCUAUUCCAUAAAGCUAACCCGGUAAAAUAACAGUCCAACUUUAGAUAAACUGGAACAUGUGAUAGUUGCACAAUACAAAAUGUGACGCCUAUUUCUAUUGUUAUAAAGAUACUAUGACUUCGGUUUUGAUCAUUAACCCACCGAUUUUGAUAUAACUGUGAAUAUGUUUACAUAUACACCAAAAAUUGAUGAUUAUGAUCUGAUUUCUGGGUUUAUCAAAAUAUUGAAAUGUCAUGUAAACAUCUAAUGAGAGUAAUUUAAUUUCUUUCUCAUUGUUCACACACAUGCAAAUUUUGUCAAGGUGUAUUUGAGAAACAUUAUACAAAAGGGAGUUAUUGUUAAAUGAACUGUACUUUCAUUUAAGAAUUUUUGACAAUCCUACUUAUUUUCAUGUCAAAUGGGGAACUAGGAAAGCUAACAGACCAAGUUACAGGAAAAUUUCAGUUUAUAGAAUAGUAUAGUGUUCCAAUGUAUUUGAGGAACAUUGUAACAAAAAAGGGAGAACUAAUGUGGUUAAGAUAAAACAUUUGAGUCAUUUAAAAAAUUCAUUCUACUUUUCCAUAGCCCAUUCUAAAACUAUCCAUUAAAAGUCAAACAAUUCAGUUAUCAAUUGUUGACAACCAUACUAAAUUUCAAUUAAAAAGACAACAUUUCAAUAAACUACAGAUUUACACUAAUUUUUCUCAAGUACCACAGAAAACAAAGCUUCUUCAUCUAAAACAGGACUAAACCAUAACCAAAAACAAGCCAACAGACAAGGUACAAAUGUAGACGAGCCCAUUCACCUUCAUUGGAAUAGUUUUAUGGAAUAGCCCUGCGCUGGGUUUCCAUUACAAACCUGACACGUUAGGUUGGAGCACAAUUCGUUACCAAGCACUUUUAACACAAUAAUUUUAUUUAAUUUUAUUUAAUUACUUCCUUUUUGAGCGACUUAAUGCCAUGGUAAAAGAAUGUGCGUUGUGAACAAUAUUUGUAUAGUCAGUGUUUUAUGUGCGUGACUGCUGUUUGUUUGAUGGUUCAAUUACCCAGAUAUGUAUGACUGAAUUCUUUCCAAACUUAAAGGGUAGCAGCCAUCCUUCCUGUGUUGUUAGUACCUGUGUAUGUUUAUGGUGUAUCGUCAUAACACAUCAAGGUGAACAGUGCCUAUGCUUAACUAAAAACAAUGGGGCGGUGGCUACAUGCUGUAUGAUUUGUGCAUGAAAAGGCCAUAAGAUUGUACCCAGACCUGCUAUUGUUUACACUAUGUUUGUUUUUUCCGGAAGUAUUAUUUGCUUGCAUUCAUAUUUCAGAUUAAACAUGAUGUGACUGCAUUGGGCUCCUUGAUACAAAUAAAUUGUAAUCAAAUGCCUAUAAA